CACUGUUCUUUAGAGUAGCAGACUAUAAACAAUACUAAGCUACAUACCCGCGUGUAUAUUUCCAGCCAUAUCUAUAUUGUUAAUGUAGCUUAAUUUACUUUUUUUAGCGGGACUCAACGCCUUGGGCACAAUGAGAGGUUUGGAUUUAUUCCUGAUUUAUUCCUGCUGUUUAUCUGGACUGUACACGAUAGUAGGGGCUACGGAGGAAGAGAACCUGCUGAUCAAAUCACUGUUCUCCAACAACUACAACCUGACAGUACGGCCUGCGAAGACUCCCAGAGAGAAGGUGGUGGUGAGGAUCGGCAUGACAUUGUCUUCCUUCAUGGGCCUGAACAUGAAGGCUGAGGAGAUGGCUACAUAUGUUUUCAUGAACAUGGAGUGGGAAGACCACCGGCUGAUGUGGAACCCGGCUGAGCACGGCGACGUCAAUGUGAUCCGGGUCCCCUCUGCCAAAGUGUGGCGACCCGACAUCGUCCUCAUCAACAACAACGACGGCGUGUUCGACGUCGCCCUCCACGUCCACGUCCAGGUCCACAGCAAUGGCAAGGUCACGUGGACUCCCCCCGCCCUGUACCGCAGCUCGUGUGGAGUGAAGGUGACGUACUUCCCGUUCGACUGGCAGAACUGCUCCAUGGUUUUCCACUCCUACACCUACGACUCCUCGGAAGUGGAGCUGCACCACGCACUGGAUGAUGACGGCCGGGAGAUCCGGGAAGUAAUCUAUGACCAAAGCUACAGCGAGGGGGGGGAGUGGAUCAUCCGGCACCAGCCGUCACGGAAGAACGUCCACCGUGCAGACAAUUACGAGGACAUCACCUUCUACCUCAUCAUGGAGAGGAAACCCAUGUACUACGUCUUCAACAUCAUCAUUCCCUGCAUCCUCAUCACCAUCAUCGCCAUCUUCAAUUUCUACCUUCCACCCGAUGCAGGUGAGAAGAUGGGUCUCUCCAUUAACGUGCUGCUGACCCUGACCGUGUUCCUGCUGCUUCUGGCGGACAAGGUCCCCGAAACGUCCUUGGGCGUCCCCAUCAUCGUCAACUACCUGAUGUUCACCAUGGUCCUGGUGACCUUCUCCGUCAUCCUGAGUGUGGUGGUGCUCAACCUGCACCACCGCUCCCCCAACACCCACCACAUGCCCCUGUGGGUGCGCAGGAUCUUCAUCCACCUGCUGCCCCCGUACCUGGGGCUUCUGCGGCCGAAGGUGGAGGCCCCCCUCUCCCUCUCCAUGGAGCAGCACCACCACAGGAAGCCCACGCCCAUGGCCGUCAGCCGAACUGUGGACGAGUACUUCAUACGCAAGCCCAGCACCAACAUCUUCUUCCCCAAACCCAACAGGUACCAGCCGGAGGGAAUGUGCUCAGACCUGCGCAAGUUCAUCGAAGGGCCCAGCCAGUACCUCACCCUCCCGCCGGAGCUGAAAGCCGCCAUCCAGGCCGUCACCUACAUCGCCGAGCAGCUGCAGGCUGCCAAGGACUAUGAGGCGCUGAAGGAGGACUGGCAGUACGUUGCCAUGGUGGUUGACCGCCUCUUCCUCUGGAUUUUCGUGGUCUUCACCACCGUGGGCACCCUCGCCAUCUUCACAGACGCCAGCUUCAACACCACCCCCAGUGACCCUUUCAUGAGCCCGUAUUAAUCGGGGGCAGCCCCCCCCCCGGUGAUGGAGCUCUGAGCUGCGGAGCCCUGCGGAUUCUGACCCGCGCACAGACCGCGUGUUCACACGCGCACGGACUUCUCCAGGCCGGACACGUGCGGCGGACAUGUUUGCGUGAUGCAGAAGUGUCUCAUGUUUUACCUAGUGCAGGCGUGGGGUAGGGGGGGCCAAUAUCUCUAUCUGGAUUUCAGCCCAACUCUCCAGUGCUUAAUUGCCCCAAUCAGUUACCCGAUCUGCCAUUCUAACCAACUGUAUCGAUAAGCACACCAAUCACGGCAUAUUACUGUUCCUGUGUCUCUAUGUCAACAAUUUAACUGUCAUCUAAUCUAUGAGUGGACAGGCCCUGAUGUAUUGAGGCAAUUAGCAAGGGUGAUUCAUGGAAGUAAAAACACGCUCAUACCCUACAGGGAGGGAACUGCCCACCCCUGAGCUAGUGGUCAAAUUCAAUUCAUGUUUUCAUUGUGCGCUGAUUGUGUUGAUGAAGAAAAAUAACCACCUCACUUUUUCACUACACACUUUUCCUGUGUUCCCUUCUCACCAUUGCUGGCGUGUGUGUAUGCAUGUGCGUGUGUGGGUGUGUAUGUAUGCGUGCGCGUGUGUAUGUGUGUGCACACCUUGACGUGGGUUUGGGUGUGUUUAUAUAUAUAAAUGUGUGUGUGCAUAUAUAAAUUUGUAUGUGUAUGUGUGUGUGUGUGUGUGUGCGCGCGCACUGUUGCAUAUUAUUCCUGUGUGUGUCUGUGUGCCUGUUAUUCUUGUAGGAGCAAGUGCGUCUGUUUUAUUCCGGGAUGGAAUUUUUACAUUUAAAAACCCCGUGUUUGACACCUCACCCAGAUCCACACAAGUGCGCACAUUCACGCACUCACACACACACACACGCACAACCCCCCCCCCCCCCACACACACACACACACACACCCCGACACCUGUCCUGAAAGCUUGUUAUGUUUUUUUAAUAAAGACCUGAGGAUAAACUCUUGAAAGGCUUGACUCCCUCACAUCUGUUCCCAGAAUGCCACCCGUC